UUAUUUUGUUUUUAAAAUUUUCGCUCCGUAGUUUUUAAGUCGGCAUUGUUUAGUGUUCCAUAUCGUUAUGUUAAUGCAAAUUUUUCCAUCACUAUAUAUUGCCAACAAAAUAAAAUAAAAAAUAAAACACGAAUUCAACGGUUGAUCUUCACUCUGAGAAACCUCAAAACAAAGCUGGCGAAAGAGGAGAAGAAAAAGCAAGCUAUGUGUGGAAGAGGAAGGUGUACUCUGCGAGCGGAUUGUAUUGCUCAGGCAUGCCGUUUCAACUCUCGCCCCAUCCGCCAUGUCGACAUGGAUCGGUAUCGGCCGUCGUACAACGUCGCGCCGGUGGUUCGACUAGACGAUGGCGGUGGCGACGGCGUCGUUUCACACUGCAUGAAAUGGGGACUGGUUCCUAGCUUUACUAAGGAAACUGAUGAAAUCGAUCACUGUAAGAUGUUCAAUGCGAGGUGUGAAUCGAUAAGAGAUGAUCCUUCCUUACGUCGACUUCUUCCAAAGAACAGGUGCUUGGUAUCGUUUGAAGGAUUUUAUGAAUGGAAGAAGGAUGACUGUACGAAGCAACCUUACUAUGUACAUUUUAAGGAUGGUCGCCCAUUGGUUUUUGCUGCUCUAUUCGAUUCUUGGAAAAAUUCAGAAGGAGAAACUCUUUACACCUUCACCAUUAUCACAACUUCAUCUUCGUCAUCUCUGGAAUGGCUUCAUGAUAGGAUGCCUGUAAUCUUGGGCAGCAAAGAAUCAACCGAUUGGUGGCUGGAUGAUUCUUCUUUGUCCAAUCUUGACAAAAUACUCAAACCAUACGAAGAAACAGAUUUGGCCUGGUAUCCUGUAACUCCUGCUAUUGAUGAAAUUUCUUUUGAUGGACCCGAGUGCAUUAAGGAGGUAAAACUGGAGGAGACCAAGACAAUUUCUCAGUUUUUCUCAAAGAAACAAGCAAGCAAAUCGGAGGAUCAAACACCGAUCAAAGAAGAGCUUCAGGAAUGUAUUACACCAGAAAUUGAGAAAGAUAAACCUCAAAAUCAAUAUACAGUUGAAAGCGCUGCAAUGAAGGAUGAAGCUAGUGUGAUGGAAGAACCUAAACAAGAAACUACGAAGAUGGAGUUAAUCGAGGAUGAGAAUUUAAGGCUCCUUACUCUGAAGAAGAGAAAGGAAGAGCUGAAGCAGGAACUCCACCAACUCACAACUCUUUGCGACAUCCCCGCCUGCAUGAUCAUCCACGACCUUGCCACCAACUCAACCUCCAUCUGGCCGGAGGAUUCUGCCCAAGUCCGCGGCCUAAUCGACUCCUACAAGGCCGAUCCCAGUGCCCUUAGGGCGUAUGGGGUGUCCGAUUUCAUCAGCGAGCGGCAGAAGAAUGUCGAGGAGAAAGUCGUCAAGCUGCGGAAGACGAAUGCGGAGAGCAAAUACCCCUCCCGGGACGAUCGCCUCGACCUCAUGAACGAGUCCCAGUUGCGGGAAUUGAGCGCCGCGUUGCGCACCGAGUCCCAGGCCGUGCGGUCUUUGAUUAUAAAAUGUAGAAAUACCAAAAGGAAGGGAUGCUCUAGUCCAGUUCAUGGCAACACUUUCUCCAGAAUAGAAUCAGAGAGAAGUGAACUGGGGCGGGAAUACGUGCUCGGAUCUCACAAUCCAGCAGGCUCCCUGAUGCUAAUAACUCACACACAUUGCUUUUCUGUCUGUGUGACUCUGGCCUCGGCCAGUCUUUGAUCGAUGCUCUGCCACUUCUUUUCUACAAGGACAUCAUAGGACUGAAGGAGCCAUUAGAUUGUGUUGUACUCCAUGUUUGUCUAUCUGAAUUCUCAUUUCUUGCAGCUGUUAUAAAAUCAAGACGUAUCAGGAAUGAACAAGCCACAAUUGCAAGAAUGAAUGAAGAACUUGAUUUGUGAUAAGUAUGGAGUAACACACGAUAUUGAGAAAACAAUGAAAAACUCUUAUUGAAUAUUGAUCUUGAUACAAUGGAUUACUCUCUCUUCAA